AUGAUCAUCAUCUCUCUUCUCCUGUUGGGCUCUCUGCUGCAACACCUGAGCUUCUCAGUGAAUGGCAGUGAAGCAUGACCUCGCUCCAGACCUUACAUGGUUUCAAUUCAGGUGUAUGGCUCACAUAGUUGUGGAGGACUCCUCAUCUCUGAACAGUUUGCCGAAGGUUUGUGUUCUUUGAACAGCAAGAAGACUUUGACGGUUGUGGCAGGUGCACAUGACUUCAGUAAAAGAGAAGACACUGUCCGUAUUAAUGUUGACUCUUAUGAGAUGCAUCCGUGCUACAAGCAAGAUCCAGCAAAAUCUAAACAAGGGGACAUUAUGGAUCUGAAGCCAUUAAAAGAUAUUUACAUAGCUUCAAGUAUGCUGUGUGUACAUGGCCAUGGAGGAUCCUGCAAGGGGGAUUCCGGAGGUCCUCUAGUCUGUGGAGACACUGCAGUGGGUGUAUCAUCCUUCAGUCGCAUAAAAGAUCAAGCUGAUGUUUAUACUGAAAUCUCAGCAUUUCUUGUAUGGAUCCAGAAUGUAACUAAGAGCUAA